GACUAAUGGUGAAUCUGCUCAUGAUGUUAUCAUUGAUAGCAGAAUUUCCGAAAUUAAGUUGAUUAUCAAUGAAGCUCAGGCGAUGGUUGACGCAAACAUUUACGAUUACCAGGCUCACAUAAAUUUGAUCGGAAAGUGUAGUGAGAUGCAACAAUGGGAGAAAUUGCGAAGUGCAAGGGAAAUCAUGAGCAGUACUUUCCCACUCACCGAACAGCUCUGGCUGUGGUGGAUAGGUGACGAAAUAAAGUUAGAGGAACUAAGUACUUCUGAAGUUUGCUUGUUAUUCGAGCGCGCAGUUGAAGACUAUCUGAACCCUCAGGUUUGGUUUGAGUAUUGUUGUUACGUAGAAAAGGUUUGCUUUAAAGAGAAAAAUGAAUAUUUCAUCAAGAAGGCUCUUAAUACAUUCGAAAGAGCUUUGACUGCUGUUUGUCUUGAUCCAAAUGCCAACCCAAAAUUGUUCGCUAGUUAUCGAAGUUUUCUGAAAAACAAAGAAUUGACUGAAUUGCUCAAAAAUUUAGAGAAUGUUCCAACUGUUUCUUCCCUUUUUAAACGUCAACUGUCGAUACCCUUCUUGGAAUCAGAAGCUGUCUUCAAAGAGUUUGUUGAAGCAGUGGGGAGUGACGACGAAACAGAAAAAGCAUACGAUCGCGCGAAGAAGGUUCUGAGCAAAGUAAAGCCAUGUCAGAUUGCUUUAGAAGAGUCUCUGAAAUCUGGCGAAUCAAGCUUGGAAAAAUUCAGAGACUACUUAGAAGUCGAAAUGACUAUAGGAGAUCCUUCGAGAAUCAGAUGUAUUUUCGAACGGGCUAUACAACACAAUGCAUUGGAAUCAGAAUUGUGGUCGAAAUAUAUAGAGUUCACUUCAAUGAAAAUUAAAGAUUAUCAGCUGGCUGAAAAAAUAUGUAAACGAGCUGUCAGAAACGUCCCGUGGGUGCCCAUAAUAUGGCAGCACUACGUCAAUGUUUGCGAGCAUCUCAAUAAGUCGGAAGCUGAAGUUGAUAAAAUUGUCUCUGAAGCAAAAGUUUCCUUAUAUGGCCAAGAUUCAUCUCAAUUUUUUCUCGCUUAUUUGGCAUAUCUUCGAAGAAGUUUUUCAAAAUGUCAGACGGGCUCUGAAAAAGAACACUUGAAGAAGUUUCGGGAUGCUUACCAUAAAGCCCUAGACAAUCUUUCUAAUUUACCAGAAGCUGUUUAUCAAGUAAAAAGGUUUGCAGCGAAUGUGGAAGCAAAAUAUUUUACAAAUCUGGACGUUUUUCGUAAAAUUUUUGACAAAAUUUUGGUUGAAGAUAGUUUAAACAGUACAAAAUGGAUUGAGUAUCUUUCUCUUGAAGAAAAAUUUGGAACUGUAGUUCAUUUACAGAAAUUGUACCACCGCGCUUUCAUGUACCCGAGAAUGAGCGAGCCUGAAAAAUUAGUUGAAAAUUUUCUUUUGUAUGAAAGACUUAAUGGUACUUUGCAAUCUCUAGAGGUCGCAAUUUAUAAGACAGAAUUGUUUUUGAGUAAAGUGGAGAGAGUUAAAGAAACUGAUCGAAUUAAGAAGGAGAAAUAUCAGGAAAAGCAAAUGACAGCAAACAAUUGCGAGAAACGGCUCAAAAGACCCCAUGAAAGUAACUCACAAGCGAAUAAGAGUCUAACUCCACAUAGUUCUGAUAAAUCAUCUGCGAAAAAACCAAAAGUUGAGGGUACAAAUCCUUUCAAAAAGAACAAACUGGAAAAUGAAGAAAAAGUCAGUUCGGCUGAAGAAAAUAAUCAACUAACGGAUGUAGCAAAAAACGUGGAAGUGCCUCAAAGUCAUGCAAAAAACAUUGAACUUCAAGCUGAGGUGCCAUCAUUUAUAAGCAAUGAAGAAAAUGCCGAUGUUUCUGUUUUUCUUGCAAAUUUGGAUUUCAAUGCCACCGAAGAAGAUAUCAGAACUUUUUUCAUGAGCUGUGGAUCGAUUGAAGCGGUGUCAAUUGCAAGAAAAGUUGAAGGAAAGUCGAGAGGCUUUGGAAAUUGCAUUUUCAAAACAAAAGAGUCGGUGGCCGAGGCCAUGAAACUAAAUCGGGAACCAUUACGAGGCCGUCCAGUUUUUGUGUCCAAGUAUGACAUGUCUAAAAAAGCAGCGAAACAAAAUGAAACUGCGAAUGAGCAAAGUGCGGAAAAUAAACUUGUUUACACUACGGGAUUGGAGAGACACAAGCUAUUUGUGAGUGACCUGUCUACAAAAACAACAAAAGAGACGUUGAGUGAGUUAUUUUCCAAUCAUGGUUUACUUAAAGACGUUCGAAUAGUGACCUAUAAAAACGGAAAACCGAAAGGACUCGCCUUUGUGGAGUUCAACAAGGAAGACGAAGCUGGUAAGGCGUUAGUCGCCCUGGAUGGAGCAACGGUUGAUGGACAUCAAAUUAAAAUAGCCAUCAGCAACCCUCCUUCGAGAAAAGCACCUGGAUCAAAUGCUGUCUCGAAGAAAAAUGAAUUCCGCAAACCAGCCAUUCCAUCUUCUACUACAACAAAUGAUUACAGAGGGAAAGGUCGAUCGCAGAUCCAACUGGUUCCUCGCAGCUUGGCAAAUUCUGCAAAAACUAAAUUUGCUCAGCCAAUAAAAGGGACCAAUUCUUCAGAACUAUCUGCUAGUGUUCUCAAAAACGAAGCUAUGGAUACUACUUCUUUGUCUCUUGAGAAUACUUCUGAUAAAGGGGCUUUGUCCAACAAAGACUUUGUUGAACUUCUCAAAAACUCAAAGUAAAAAUUUUUAUUUUAAAUGUGUUCUUUUCUGUUGUCUUUUAGUUUGAAAAA